AUGGAAAUCCGUCAAGGCCGUCAACUACGCCCAACAAAGACUGUCGAUAAAAGUAAGCCGCUCUUAAUUGCUGAAGGAGAGACCUUUUCAAAAGACCUUUCGAGAGCGAAAGUAUGCGGUAAUAAUUUUGACGUAGAGGAAUCAACAGUCCCUAUUACAAAGCCGCCACCAGUUCCGACUUUGCCCCCACCAAUGACAACUGCCCCUCUUUCAGUCCCAACUGCACCUCCACCACCUCCACCUUCUAUGAUGAACCAUAAGAUAGCACCAAAACCUGUGACCAAUCCGGCGCUGUUGAAACUUGGUGGAAGUCAAAAUGUUGACCGAGAAGAGCUGAUGCGUUCGAUCAAAAAUGGCGUCAGAUUGCGAAAAGCCACUACAAUUGACAAAAGCGCUCCCGUAAUUCAUGCAGAUAUUGAAUCUCAAGAACCUCUUCAAGCGCCACAACACCAGAAGUUUGGUUCAUGGGGGUCUUCGCUGAUCGUCGAAAAAGAAAAACCAAUCAAGGAGAGUGAAGCAACUUCUAGUAAAGAAGAAGUGUCUGUAAACGAAAAUACUUCGGCAACAGUUUACCAACCACCCGUUCACACCGAUUAUACACCUCAGUUCAAUACACUACCAAGAGCCCAAAGUCAGCAAACCAGUAGACUUCUAACAAGUGAUACGUUUGCUUCUAGUAACGGUACAAUGCCCAGAGCUAAGAAAGCUGAUGAAUGCUAUACGUCACCAAUCCCCACGAGGGAGAUGAUUGAAGCGGAAAUUCCAACUGGAUCUGCAGCAAAUAAAAUUAAGCUACUUAACAGCUUGCAUAGCCGUACGCAAUCUCAAAGUCCUGUGCGAGCAUUAACAAGACCGACGGUUUCUAGAACACAACUGAAGAAUGGUGUUUUGGCCAAAUUUACACAAAUAAAUCAGAAUUCAAACGGAAAACCUGACGAAAAUACAGCGCCACUCUUCAAAGCUCCAGUAAGUGGGAAUCCGGUGAGCAAAUCGAGCAGCAUGAACAGUAUCAAGAAGAUGGCACAGCGCUUCGAUAAUAAUGCGAUUAGUGCGCAACAGAAUGUUCAACCGAAACGACUCUGGAAGUCGUCGAGCACGGCUGCUUCCAAUUCUGGCUCAUUUAUCAAGCAAUUAUCUAAAGCCGAGAAGUUGGCUGAUACAGACGAAUUGCCAAAGAGUAAAACAGCAUUUCCAGCCGUCAAACCACUUAAACCCGCCAACAAAGACGUAGAUGGAACCGACCACCAACAAGUGUUCAGUGGUUCUAUACGUUCCCAUGUUAAAAAACUAGAAGAUGCUCAACAGUCAGUAAAAAAAAAUAAUGCGUAUUUUACACCAAGAAGUUAUGCACAUCCUGAAGUAGAAAACGGCCAAUCCGUGAAACAGUUUGAGAACAUUGUUGCUCCGUCUUCCUCAAGCCUAAAGGAUGAAAAGAAACAUUUGAAAAUUGUAUCAAAUGAUGACUGGAGAAGAGAACCAAAGAAAUUCCAUCCGGCAGUACCAACGACUUCAGCUUUCGAAAAUCAAAACAGAAAGCUGUCAAAAGAAAAUUAUCGCUCAAUGCCACAAAUAUCACCUGGGGCUAGAAGCGUUACUCAAGAAAGUGUAAGCAAGAAGCUUGAAAUGCCAAAGCAACAAAGGAGCGUUUCGUCAGAAAAUAUUCCGCAGUAUUCAUACGAACCCAUUCAUUUCAAACCGGCGCCGGCGAGAACAACGUCAAAGCCUUCGCUUUUCAAGUAUAUAGUGCCAAUCGAAAUUGAUACGACCGAAAAUCCUCCACCGGUUCCUUUGAGUCUUCCUCCACCGUUGAGUCCAGUCGUACAGUCUAGUGUGCAGCGCAGCAUCAUAAACCAGAAUGGAAAUUCACGCGAACAUCUGUCUGAACCUGAAAACAUAGGUCCAAAACCGUAUGGCAGCAAUUCAAUGGGUUCUUUGUACAGUGCACCAUCUAGCAGGUCAAUCAACAGCAUGGACAAUUUUCCCGCUUCGCAGGGCAGCUCAGUUAUUCCACCUCCUCAGUCAGACUCUUCACCAAAUUCAAGUACUUCCUUAAGCCCGAUGUCCUCAGUCUCAAGAAGCUAUGCUGAUCCGCCCUCUCUAUUAGCGCGACCGUUUAAUGGCAACAAAUUUUGUGAAGCAAAACCAGAUGCACGUGGAAGGCCUUUACUUCAUUCAGUUGAGGCAUUUUAUGUCACAAAACCAGAUAUUCGUAAUGAAAGUAUGAAUGAUAUGGAACAGAAUGGAAAUGAGAGAUGGCCAUUCCAUCCAGCGAGUCGAUCGACACCACAACUGGACUGUGAAUCAGAAAUUUCAAGAAACACCGGUUUUUAUUCGGUCCCAAUCAGUGCUCCAUGGUACAACAAAUCGAUGUAUGAAGAGUCGAUGGAACCAAUGAAUAACGGAUGCAAUGGACGUCGUGCAGUUUCAUCACGUAGCAGCGAGGAAAUCUAUCGUAACGCAGAUUCGUUCCCAAAUUUUGGUAAGGCGCGUAAUCUGUUUGUCGGUAUAAACGGUCCAAAUUUAGAAGCAUUUGCUGACAUGGAUCCAGAUUUUAUCCGUGAUAAUUUUAAAUUCGCGAUCAACCUGAACUCUGAUAAUCUUCUAAGACUAAUACCAAGGUAA